UCAGAGCUUAAGUCUUUAGCUACUAAAGGCAAAAGUGUAACAGAAAUGCUCCCAAAUAAUUUGAGAUUUAAUGUACCAAUUUAUGUUAUUGAUCAAAAAUUACACAUGAAAAUGUAAAGUAAACUGUCUCCUUUUAUAAUUUUCACUUCUGUUUACACAAGCUUUUAUUAGUUUUCAAAGUAAAUCACUUGUCCCUGUUCCUUGCCGUGUAAUGUAACCAAGAAUUUUGGACUCCUGAUUUCUUCACACUCACUUAACUUUUAUCAAUUUUAUUAUAAAAAUAAGUGAAAAUAAUAUAUAAGAAAAGCAUAAUAUAAAAAAUUAAAAAUAAAACCAAUUUUCUUUUUGACCUUUGCUUUUGGAAUAUUCAAAAUUUUAUACACUUUAGUUGCUUUAUUAUAAACUUCACAUUAGUUUAGUUGGGUCAGCUGUCAUUCUGCUCUAUUCUGUUUACCUAUGUUAUCACGAACACUUCUGUCUCUCUCCUUGGUUUGUUUACUUAUUAUUUCAUCUUCAGGUUAAACUGUGGUUUCUACUACUUUAAAUCUUUUCAUUCAAUAUCAUUAUAGUGUUUAUUUUUCUUUGACACAGGCUAGGCUUGGUGAAUGUAAAAAUAGUGAAUACAACUGAUAUUUUAUUGAAACCUUAUAUGAUAAAUAAAAGUUGAAGUAGAAAAGAAGUAUAGGAAACAUUUUAAGAAACACUAAAAAUACACUGACAUUGGUUAUAAAAGUGUGUGGGUGAUUUAAAGACAGAAAGAUUUUUGCAUAUAAUGUCUCUAUAACUAACUAAUUAGUAAUAGCCUCAUUUCUCAAAAUAGUUAGAAAAUUAAAAAUCAAUCCUAAAAACAAGAGUCAUAUGCCCAAAGUAUUAUUGUUUUUACUUGCUCUAAAUAUUAUUGAUGAAAUAUUUAAAGCUAUAUAUUUCAUAGGUUUUCUACAACCUGUUACAUCUAUUUUAGUUAUGAUAAACCUGGCAUCUUAUUAAAAAUGCCCUAACAACUAAAAUCACUAAUAAGUAUUUUUCAUUGAUGCUCUGCCCCAAGUUCUUAAGGAUAUAUACGUAUUGAUUGACCUGUUAACAUUAAAAAUGAUAAACACAAUCUAGGCAACUUUUAAAAAGAUCAGAGGCAAUAUAUUCCUGUAAAUGUAUGCUAACCCUGAGAGUCAAUUUUCCACUUGGUUUCUAAGCUAUACAAAUGUUAUUCAAUACCUCCUAAAAGAUUCUGAUCCUAAAGUUCAAUCUCCCAGCUAACUCAUUUGCAUGGUAGGUAUUUUGAAUGCUGCUGGAGAGGAGGGGACUUCCAAAGUCAGUCACUUCACUCAGCUGCUGCUUCAGAAGCAGACAAGUAUGAACUACAGUCAGGUGUUAAUGCUCCACAUCCCAGAAGACAGUGCUGCCCUGAGAGUUUACAAGUCCAUACUAUUUAUCCUCUAAAACACAUGCUCACAGUCAGUUUUCUGGUUUAGUCAUCCUUUACCAGAAAGAUAUAUAGUAUUUAGUAGCAAAAAAAAAAAAAAGAAUUAUCAAAUAUAUUUCUGUUAAAUGAUAUAUUUUGGUAUUGGGGAAUUUGACAUAAGGCAUAGAGAGCGAUGUGCAGCUGCCAUGCAGAGUAAUUCCACUCAGGAGCCUGGAACAUCAUAGUUCAUAGGCAUGGCUAAAGACCAUGUUUAACCUUGAGAGAAAGCCCUGCUGCAUGCAGAAUUUGCAGAAUGCUUUCUCUCUUUAUGUCAGAAACCUACUUCCUGAAACAGUUAGAUCUUAGCAAAGAAAAAGUGUGAUCCAAAGGCAAACGUACAAGAGAAAAAGCUAGAGACUCUCAAUGUGCUACUGCCAUUAUUUAGAAGAGGAUAAGAUAAUUGUGCUUUGGGAGUGAUGGAAAAGGCAGCUCAAACCACGAAAGAGUGUUUUGAAAAGACUUCGCCUGGUGUCGCUGACAUAGAGUUGAAUUUCAGUUCUUAUUACUAUGUAUUUCUAAGAAGUAUUUUAAAGCAGUAGAGCACUGGGCCCUUGAGGAUCACAGAUCAAUGUGGUAGAUGUGAAAAACAAAGCAAAACUGCUUUUGUUCCAGUCUGACACUGACUUCUAGGGUUACAUAGGGCUUUAGAGCUGCUCACUGAAUUAAACAUUUUAAAACAUGCUCUGAUAGAACUAACAGAACAGAUUACUUUGAUUUUGAAGCUUUAAAAGGGCUAUAGGGAAACCUAUUCCAAAUUUUAAUUGUGUCUCUGUUUCUGUCUUAAUUUUAUUAUUUAAAGAGUUACUUUCUUCAGGCAAUUUGAAGAGAACACAGGAAAUAAGUAGAAAUGUGGUUUUCUUCAAAUUAUCUCAACUUUUAUGUAUUUAGAUUUAAUGUGAUAUAUUAAACAAUCUGGAUAUUCUUAGGAUGUUUGUUAAAAAUAGAGGCUAAAAUGUGUACACAUGUUGACAUUCUCUUAUUUUUACUGUAUAUAUGUAGCAGUUGCUAUCUAACUGUCACUCCAUAAAAAGAAAUCAUGAAUCACAUUAGGUAGAAUAUGCAUAUUACCCUUUUUAUUUUUAUAAUUUUUCAGUUUUAUUGUUAAGUAUUUCCUAAUCUCAUGAGAUUUUGAGAAGGAUUUUUUUUUUCAAGAUUCAAGGUAACUGAAUCUCAAGGUAACUGGGCUAAAGCCAGAAAUGUUUCAGAAAUGUGUAUAAAAUUUAGCAUUUGAGUUCUCAAUGACUCUUGUCUACACAGUAGAGUGCAGGACUUAAUGAGAUACUGACACCAGUGGAAGCUGUGUGUGGGAUAUCUAAUGUCACAUGAUCAUUGUCUAUCUUUCUUCUGACAUGAUCUCUCUGAGAGUCAAACAUAUCAGCAAGUACGUCCUAGAGUCAAAGCAGAGGUGAAAGGUCUGCAGAACCAGGACAUUGUAGCGGUAUUCCUGACCAAGCUAUUUCUCCAGCUGGUGAAAUCCCAAGGCACAGAUGCAGACUUCAAAAGUGAGUGAAGACAGACUGGUAUAUGCAAAGCUGAAAUUACCCUAUUCAAGGAAACAGGACAAAAGACAUCCAGUGGGUAAAAGGAGAGAAUUUCCAUGGCAUAUGGUUGCAUUAAUCCUAGGAGUUAUAUGUUUUUUCCUCCUGCUGGCAAUCACAGUCUUAGGAUCUAUGUUUUUUCAGAGGUGUUCUGGACACACAAUGCAAGAUAUGAAGGACACAAAAGAAAAAAAUGUUUCCUUUGUAGAAGUUGAAGAUCACUCAAUUUUACCACCUAUCAUAGAUAAAGACUAUGACUCAUUUCAAGAAAAUUGGUACUGCUGUGGAAAAAGCUGUUACUAUUUUUCAAAAGAAGAGAAAACUUGGGAGAGGAGUAAGAAGUCAUGCCAAGGCCUACAUUCUAGUCUCAUUAAGAUUGAUAAUAAAGAGGAGCAGCGCUUCAUUCAAUCAAAAAUAAAAUACAAUUAUUGGAUUGGAUUAUUUAAAGCAGGAGCUAAGUACCCCUGGCAAUGGCUGGAUGGCACACAUCUAUCUCAGAGGGUGAAUUUCCAACAGAGUUUGCUGGAUGUAAAAUGCGGACAUCUCAAGUCAUCAACUAUUUUUACUGCUGAUUGUAGUAAACAGUUUCUUUACAUUUGUGAAAAGGAGUUCACUGUCCCUUAAAAUAAUUACUAUCAUAGAAGUUGUAAUAUUUUCAUUCUUUAACAGCUACUAGGGGGAAAGCUUAGAGUAUUUACUCAAAUUAGUCCUUUAUGCAUGAUUUAUUAAGGGUUUUCAAACCUUCCUCAGCAAGGUUAAAACACAAAGGUUUUAGGAAAUUACAUAUCCAAAAAAAUAAAUGUAUUGUUUUGGAAUUCAAGAACUAUUAAAUCAGAGAAAGUCAAAUACAUUGAUUUUGAUUGAGUAAAAGAUUCUACAUUAAA